AUGGCGUGGGCCGAGUCUGGCCAUGGCUCAGGCCGCACAGGGGACGUGCUGGACGCAGAUGCGCCCGUACUACAUAACACCCUCUGGACACGGCGAACGAUCCAUAUGGGCACCAUGCUAGGCCUGACUAUGGCGCGGCCAUUCGACAAAAUGGGCGGUAUCCGAGGUGUGAACCACGAUGACCUCAAGGGGGUCUUUCUGGGUGCUCACGUUGAGGCCAAGCUCGCCGUACACGCAGUAUGCCUCAUGCUGCGCCAUUUCAAGAUCGCAAAGGACCUGAACAAUAUCACAAUAGCCGAGCUCCAGGCGCUCCAGGAGGUGAAGUUUGAAAACGGAGAGAAGCCGGCAUUCGAGAUAUACUUUUCUCGCAAGAACUGCGCACCGUGUGGUAAUCUUGUCCUUCGGCUGGUAGAGAUGACUGGCAUCGACAUCAAACUGAAUUGGAGGCACCGGCUUACUCGAAUGGUGUACAACCAACCGUCGAGAGCCGUCCAAAAGAAGGCAAAGCGGCACGCGAUCCUCAUAGAGGACGACCAGGCUGUCGACUUUGAGGAUUUUGUCAUCAUAGAACAUGACGACGUUUCUGACGUCGAGACGGUCGAGGGUUCCACCCGCGACAAGGCCGUUGACCUAACGACAGAUGCCACUUCACGGCGAUCUAUAGAUGAGAAUGCCUUCUUUGAGGAGAUGGAAUCGUACGUCAUGAAAUUGGACGGCCCAUCAUCAGCUGCAGUUGACGUCUCGCUGCCACGACAGCAAUCGUUGACGCAACGAGAUGUCGAAACCCGGGACAUUCCUAAGCCCUUCCCCCCUACGCCAGUCAUGACGCUUCCCGAGGAGCUAGCCACUACCCUUGCGACACGAUUGAGAAUGAGAUUGGAGCGGAAGAAUGCCGAGCGGAAAGAGGCGGCUCGCUUGUCAGGGGUCAGAGAGCGUCCUCCCGCGCCAUACAGCUCGAUGACGGACACGCCUAGUCACCCGUCGCUGUCUUCCCACGACCUUCAGAGGCCGCUCGACAAGGCUACAAAGUGUACACCCGAGCCUACACGCAGACGACGCCAGUCUCGCUUCGCGGACAUGUUGCCGAAAAUCGGUGUCUUCGACACACCAGAUCAGACGCAUCGCGGCCACAAGUUCAAGCGCUGUAUGUUUGAUGAGGAGGAGGAUGGAAAAGAAGAAGAAGAAGACUCCUUGGUGGAUGACACCCCUUCAAAAGGUGUAAGGAAAGCUAUCAUCUUGACAGCUGGUGAUUCGGAAGAUGACAUCCCGCCAUUUUGA